AUGGUUCUCCACAGGGUGAUCCAGGCUGUUCGUGAGGGAGACAUUGAGGCUCUGAGGGUCCUGCACCAGUCAGGCUACCUCAGCUCGGCCAUCACUGACCCCCAGGAGGCUACACCGGUUCACCACGCCGCUCGCUGUGGCCGGCUUGACUGUCUCCGCUUCUUGGUGAUAGAAGCUGGCCUUCGGGGCCACAGCCGCGCCAGGAACGGGGCCACAGCCGCCCAUGAUGCUGCAGCAACUGGACACACACAGGAGCUACAGUGGCUUCUGGGACACGGAGAGUGCAGGAUCGAGGACCAGGAUGGGGAAGGAGCUACAGCUCUGCACUUGGCGGCGAGGUUCGGCCAUGCUGAGGCAGUGCGGUGGCUGCUGUCCGCAGGGAGCAGCACUGAGACAGAAACAGACUGCGGAGCACUUCCUGUCCACUAUGCAGCUGCCAGUGGACAUCUCACCUGUCUCAAACUGCUCACGUCCCACUCCCCAAGGUGUGUGGACCGUCAAAUGGCUACUGGGGCCACGCCUCUCUACCUGGCCUGUCAGGAAGGUCACCUGCAUGUGGUGGAGUACCUGGUGAAGGACUGUGGUGCGGAUGUACAUCUGAGGACCCAGGAUGGUAUGAGCCCCCUGCAUGCUGCUGCACACAUGGGCCACUAUGGCCUGGUGGUCUGGCUGGGUUCUUUCACAGAUGUGGACGUGUCAUGUCAGGAUCAGAAUGGAGCCACCGCUCUGCAUUUCGCCGCCAGUGAGGGUCACCAACGUAUCCUGGAGCGCCUGCUGCUGCUGGGGGCCAGAGUGUUGCGGGACAGCUGGGGCGGGACGCCUCUGCACGAUGCCGCGGAGAACGGAGAACUGGAGUGCUGCAGAGUCCUGCUGGCCCACCAUGUCAGUCCACUGGAGAAGGAUGGGGAUGGCUUCAGUGCAGUGGACCUGGCGGAGUAUAAUGGCCAUGGAGACUGCGCCACACUCCUCCGAUCAGCUCAGCUUCCGGAGUUAGUGGACGGUCACCUCUCCUCAGAGGUUAUUCUCAUAGAAGAGGAAAGGACCCCGUUCCUAGACAUCACACACCGGUCCAGUGACCAAAGCCCCAGACCUGGGAUGGAGGGCAGCAAGCCGGUGAAGGAGGUGCCUCCGCAGCCUCGUCUCUCUCCAGCAUGCCCUGACUCCUCCACUCCUACACUCAUUUCCUCUCUGGCCUCCGCCAGAACUGGAGCCAACUCCAUUCAACACGUGCAGGUGGCCUCUGCAGUUGUGUCUUCAUUCAACACAGCAAAGCUUGCUGAGGAGAAGGAAGCGUUGAUGUAUCAGAUGAGGUCCAUGAGGUCUUGGAGACAUGCUGGAAUGACAGCCGUCUUCACUGGAAACACAAAAGGAGAAAACGGACUGAUGGUCAUCCCGAUGGAAGAGGCCAGUCUUGCUGACAUUGACUCUCUGGUUCCUACUCACGAUGAGCAUGGGAAGCCUAUUGCUGAGUGGAAGAGGCAGGUGAUGGUGCGCAAGCUUCAGGCACGACUACAGGACGAUGAAGACCAAAAGCAAAAGGAUAACAGUGACAAAUGUAUGGAUGGCUGGAGAUACUCAAAGGUCCAUGACGCUAUUUUGGGCCCGUUUGGCGAGUUGCUAACAGAGGAUGACUUGGUGUACCUGGAAGGUCAGAUUGAGACUGUAUCACUUCAGAAGAAGUGCCAGGCCUAUGAACUGGAGUUAGCCCGUCUAGUUGAGGAGCUGAGGGCCAUCCUCCCAGCUCCAAUUGUCAAUAUCACCGUCAACACUCACCAGCAGCCAGAUGUAACGGACUCUCUGGCCCUUCCAGUGUGGUGCAGCCGUAUUUCAGGCAUUGUGAAGAGCAUGAGUCUGCUUCUGAAUAACCUCACAGUGAGAACUGCAGGAGCAGAGGAUGGCAUCUGUAAAAUCCCCAACAAAGAACUGGAUUCAGUCUUCUCCGUGCAGCCGGAGAGACAAAGCUCCAUCAGGGGCAGGAGAGAAAAGGUGGAAAUGGAAAUUCAGAUGUCAGGUGUUUCCGUGAGAAACCUAAGGUCCAACUUUGAAGGUCAGAUGGGGAACAUCUACCCAUUCUCAGGGAUGUUGAACAAUACAUCCAAGCCCAAAACGAAAGAGCAGACAAGCAAUUCUGUGGCUGUCCGAGACAUCAGUGUCAUCAGUGACUGCAACAUGAAGGUCCAACACACAAAUGGCAAGGAACCAGCUAAAGUCAUGGAGACCACCAGCUUGCGCAAAGAGCGGAUCGUUGUCCUAUUCUUGAGCCACUGGAAGAAGUCAGCCUACGCAAUUUCGAUGCGAACCAAAAUGAGGCAGGAAAUUGACACACAAAAAUCAGCAGAGACCUGCCUGAAGAAUCACACGGUGACAAACCCAGUUUCUCAGCCAAAAAACGGCUCAUUAUAUCACCUUUACAGACAGAGGAUGGCCAUAGACAAGAUGAUCCGCAACUGGAGGGCCAUUACCUUGGGCGUCCCCUUGCGCCAAAUCCGGAGCCUCCAGAGGAAACGGGUCACCUACUCACCAGAGCACUUCCUGCCACGAGUGGACGGCGCACCUGUGCCUUAUGACAGCUUGACGCUUGACCUCUUCAUGCUGGGAUACUUCCACAUCCUGGAGCAGGACCUGCCUGCUGAAGAACGGAAAAUGAGACACCUGCUGUGCUUCGAGGUUUUCGACCAUGUUGGAGCCUUCCCCUGGGAAACGGUCAGAGAUUUCCACCAAGCUGUGCUGAAAGACAUUGAAGCCGGCAAACGGGACUGGAAAGAUGGAUUUGAAGACAUCAAGGCACAGUUCUUUGGGACAAAAAGGAACGCUGCAUCCCCAAAGUCUCAGAAGGAGCCUGAGGUCAAGGCCAUUGAGCGUGCAGCUCAGAACGAUAUGGUCCACCGGGCGGGUGGGAAUAUGGACUUCUCAUGUUUCAACAAUGAUGAAAUUUGUAAGUACAUUGAUCGCAGUUUUGCCUUCUGGAAAGAAAAAGAAGCCGAGUUGUUUGACUUUGAACGUUAG